CCACCUCUAGGAUGUAAGUAAUGGUGAGAAGAUGAACAUGAAAACAGUGCAGCCUGAGUGACUGGAGAAAAACAGCAGCCUGCUUUAGCUGCAGUGUUAUGUAGGAGUCGUUUCCAGACUUCUUACCGUAGAUUUUUCAGCACAAACUGCUAGCAGGUUUUGGAAGGCUGAGCAAGGACUUGCCACUGCUGUGUUAGUGUUUUCUGUGUAGCAUCAAACUGCCUUGCUUUUCCCUGGACAGCUGUGUUCAGAGCUUCAGGUGGAAAUCUUUCUAUUGAAGAGAGAUAAAAAGGAUCUUUAAUCUGAUUCUCUUUGGAUCUUUCUAUUUUUAUGGUAUAAGUUUAUCUAUUCAUGGGGCUGAAAAGCGUAUGCAAAUCUGUCAGCGGAGGACUGCAGCACGCUACCCAGUGUCACAGCGUCCACCUGUGGUUGGGCACCCUUCAUUACCACAAGUCAGAAGGUCAAUAAGCAUGGAAGCCUCAUCAGCUGGAUCGAGUAAUCCAACAGCCUCUGGUGGAAAAGCAAAAACUCACCAGCCAGAAGGAAGAGAGGAUUUGCAGGUUAACCGUUUGGAAACACAAAUAUGGAUAAAACCAGAUGCACAGAAGACAGAUGUGGACUUUUCAGAAAUUCUUAAUGCUAUACAAGAAAUAGCCAAGGAUGUCAACAUUUUUUUUGAUGAGCUAGAAGGUGUGAACAGCCCUUCCAAAGAUGAUGAUUCCCUGCUUCACCAUGGUAACUUGACCAGUACUUCUGAUGAUGCCAGCAGGUUGGAAGUGGUGGGAGAGGAAGUACCUGAUAAAAACAAAGCCAAUGGAUUGUAUUUUAGAGAUGGAAAAUGUCGGAUUGACUACAUCCUGGUAUACAGAAAAUCAAAUCCACAGACAGAAAAGAGGGAAGUAUUUGAAAGAAACAUCAGGGCAGAAGGAAUUCAAAUGGAAAAAGAGUCAUCUCUAACAAACAGUGACAUCAUCUUUGUGAAGUUGCAUGCUCCUUGGGAGGUCCUGGGCAAAUACGCUGAACUAAUGAAUGUAAGAAUGCCGUUCAGGCCCUUUAACCCCUUCACUGCUGGAGCCCCCUGCAUACUUGUGCGCUGCUGUUUUUUAAAUGGACAUUUCAUUGAAAUCAAUGGGAGGUCAAGAAGAUCCAGGAGAAAAAUCUAUUACCUGCACCGCCGAUACAAGUUCAUGAAUAGGAUCGAGAAACAAAUAAGCAGGUUUCGAGGAUGGUUACCUAGAAAGCCAAUGAAACUGGACAAGGAGACACUGCCAGAUCUGGAAGAGAAUGACUGCUAUACUGCUCCUUUCAGCCAACAAAGGAUCCACCACUUCAUCAUACACAACAAAGACACUUUCUUCAAUAACGCUACAAGAAGUAGAAUUGUACACCAUAUCUUACAAAGAGUGAAAUAUGAAGAAGGGAAAAACAAAAUUGGUCUGAAUCGAUUGCUCAGUAAUGGCUCCUAUGAAGCUGCAUUUCCUCUUCAUGAGGGAAGCUACAGAAGUAAGAAUUCAAUAAAAACCCAUGGGGCAGAAAAUCACAGACACCUGCUCUACGAGUGCUGGGCUUCCUGGGGAGUCUGGUAUAAAUACCAACCACUGGAUCUAGUGAGACGAUACUUUGGUGAGAAAAUCGGGCUGUACUUUGCCUGGUUAGGCUGGUACACAGGGAUGCUCUUCCCAGCUGCCUUCAUUGGAUUGUUUGUCUUUUUGUAUGGAGUCACUACUUUGAACCACUGCCAAGUCAGUAAAGAAGUCUGCCAAGCUACAGAUAUCAUAAUGUGUCCUAUAUGUGAUAAAUACUGUCCUUUCAUGAGGCUGUCAGACAGCUGCGUUUAUGCCAAGGUAACACACCUUUUUGACAAUGGAGCUACUGUCUUUUUUGCUGUUUUCAUGGCAGUGUGGGCUACUGUUUUUCUGGAGUUUUGGAAACGAAGGCGAGCAGUAAUUGCUUAUGACUGGGACUUGAUAGACUGGGAAGAAGAAGAGGAAGAGAUACGUCCGCAGUUUGAAGCCAAGUACUCCAAGAAAGAACGAAUGAACCCCAUAUCCGGAAAGCCAGAGCCUUAUCAAGCAUUUGCAGAUAAAUGCAGCAGACUCAUCGUUUCUGCAUCUGGAAUAUUUUUUAUGAUCUGUGUGGUGAUUGCUGCUGUUUUUGGCAUUGUUAUUUACCGCGUUGUGACUGUCAGCACUUUUGCUGCCUUCAAGUGGGCUUUAAUCAGGAAUAACUCUCAGGUUGCAACGACAGGGACUGCAGUGUGCAUCAACUUUUGCAUCAUCAUGCUACUGAAUGUGCUGUAUGAAAAGGUUGCUCUUUUCCUGACAAAUUUAGAGCAGCCUCGUACAGAAUCUGAGUGGGAGAACAGCUUCACAUUGAAAAUGUUUCUUUUUCAGUUUGUCAACCUGAACAGCUCUACCUUUUAUAUAGCAUUCUUCCUUGGAAGAUUUACAGGACACCCUGGAGCCUACCUAAGGCUGAUAAACCGGUGGAGACUGGAAGAGUGCCACCCUAGUGGAUGCCUUAUUGAUCUCUGUAUGCAAAUGGGUAUCAUAAUGGUGCUAAAGCAGACUUGGAAUAAUUUCAUGGAACUGGGCUACCCGCUAAUUCAAAAUUGGUGGACCAGAAGAAAACUACGGCAAGAGUAUGGCACACAGAGAAAAACAAGCUUCCCACAGUGGGAAAAGGACUACAACCUGCAGCCUAUGAAUGCUUAUGGACUGUUUGAUGAAUACCUAGAAAUGAUUCUUCAGUUUGGAUUCACAACCAUUUUUGUGGCAGCUUUUCCAUUGGCACCACUUCUGGCCUUACUUAACAAUAUUAUCGAAAUUAGGCUUGAUGCAUACAAAUUUGUCACCCAGUGGAGAAGACCUUUAGCUUCAAGAGCCAAAGAUAUAGGAAUAUGGUAUGGGAUUCUGGAAGGCAUUGGAAUUCUUUCUGUUAUCACAAAUGCAUUUGUUAUUGCCGUGACAUCAGAUUUCAUCCCUCGACUUGUUUAUGCUUACAAAUAUGGACCCUGUGCAGGCCAAGGAGAAGCUGGGCAAAAGUGUAUGGUUGGCUAUGUUAAUGCCAGUUUAUCAGUAUUUCUGGUGUCGGACUUUGAAAACCGUUCAGAGCCUACAUCAAAUGGAAGUGAAUUCUCUGGUUCACCAUUGAAAUAUUGCAGGUACAGGGACUACCGAGACCCUCCUCACUCCCCAGUGCCCUAUGGCUACACGCUGCAGUUCUGGCAUGUCCUAGCAGCACGGCUGGCUUUCAUUAUUGUAUUUGAGCACCUUGUCUUUUGCAUAAAGCACCUGAUUUCCUACUUAAUCCCAGAUCUUCCAAAAGAUCUGAGAGAUCGAAUGAGGAGAGAAAAAUACCUGAUUCAGGAAAUGAUGUAUGAAGCGGAAUUAGAACGUCUGCAGAAAGAAAGGAAGGAAAGAAAGAAGAAUGGAAAAUCUUAUCACAAUGAGUGGCCAUGAUGGGGUGAGAAGAAACUGCUUAAAAGAAGAUAGGAGUUCUUUCUAUUAAAAAAAAUCCUGGUUUUCUGUGGUAGAGAGCAACAGUGAAAGAGGAACAGUCAGUGUUGUGUGCACUCAGCACAUGUGUACCCAUAUUUAAAAUGGUGAAUACUGUGCUAAGUCUUUUCAAAUUUGGGGUCUUACAAGGCUUAGUCUUCUCCAGAGCUAAUAUUGGCAUGAGCAGCGCAGACCAAUGCCUAAGUCUCCACACUAUUUCCAGGCAUGGCUUAAAUUCAAGGCCGUGAACUUCAAAGCAGCUAAGUAUCUUUACAGUGCUUUACAGAACCUAAUGAUCUCAUGGCUCCUCAUCAUGGCUGAGCAGCUAGUUCAUAACCAGUGACUGCUCAUUAGCAACAUGAUAGUUCAUGUCCACAUGUGUAGUCACCACAUGCUGAACAUGCAUGGCAAUGAUGCUCUCUCCCAUGGUGGAAUAAGUGGUGGAAGCUAGCAUCUACCAUGAGUUAAGUUAACAUAUGGGGAUUGCCUCCAUAACUUGAACAAUACCUUAGUAUUUGUGAGGAGAUCUUUGAUCAUGAGUCCAAUCAAAUGCUUUAACAUGGGUUGAAAAAAUUACACAUGCAGAAGUUUUGGCAGAUAGGCAAGCACCUAAAUGUGUCCAGAGGUGUCUUAACUGUAGGGUCAUUAAUUUAGACACAUUAUUGUGAAAGGUUAGUAACUUUUGAAGAUCUGAACAGUGCCUUUUCAGCUAUGGGUCUGUCUGGUCUCUGAAGGAAACAAAUCAAGCUAGGACACCUCAUCCAAAAUUGCUUGUAUACUUGUAUUGCAAGGCCACAUCAAGGCCUAAUCAAGAAUGAGAAUAUAUGAUACACAUAACAGAAGACUGUCUGUGUCUUAAGUAAAUCAACAAUAACAAAGCAAAACAAACAAACAAACAAUGGAUGAACAAAUUCAACAAAGCAAGAGAACACGAUCAUCCAUAAUCUCUGCUCUUUUAUUCCUUCUUCUGUUGUCUGCACUGGGAGAAAACAACUAGGCUGUAGUAUGAAAUAGCUUGAAAUCUGUUGUGCACAGCAGUUCUACAUAGGCUGUAGAAUUAGAUUUGGCCAAAAUGGGCCACUGACUAUAUCCUUUUGCAAAUUGCUUAGCAUUAAGAAAUUAAAAGUUUGCAGGUCAUUAGUCCAAAAUAGUAGACUUGUAACUCUAAUGACUGCAGAAUUGCUGGACAGAGCAACACAAAUCAAAAUACUGAGUGUUGUGAAAGCUCCACUGCCUCUUGCCUCAAAGUGAUAAUACUGCAAUUCUUGCCAAACGUGCAGGAGCGUAAUCAGCCACAACAUGAAGAAGGAAGUUCAAAAGCCCAGACUGUAAGUAGACUGCAAGGAACCAUAUGUCUUCGUAAAGAUACAGCUACAUGCAAAAUACUGAAGCUCAUCAAUUCAAUUAGCACUUUUCCAAGUAAUUGGAGCUUCAAAAACAGUAUGCUUUUCUCAGAGCUAUUAAUGAAUAAUGUCCUUGUUAGUUUAAAGGCAUUUGACAGUGAGAAAAAUUCAGCACGCUGUUUCUACAAGUUCUUCUAGAAACCAUUCAAUAGAAGUGGCAUUGGACAAAUCACACAGUGCAAGAUCCUUUGUAUGGAUGCCUCAAACUCCAGUAAACAUCAGGACCACCUUUACCAAGACCUUGUAUUGCCAAAUUAGAUCUGUUAACUUUGUUCCACUGCAAGGUAGAACUGUGCUAUUUCUAUGAGGAGGAAAGUUUUGAUAAAAAGCAGUAUGGUUUGGUGGAAGAAAAUGUUUGCAUCCUCAUCUCGGUAGCCACUGCCAGCCUACAUUUUUCUUCCUUUGAAUAAGGAACUCCUCUAGUACUAAUCCAUCUUCCUGCACAGAGGAUAAAUGGCUUCCACUAUCAGGUGCUCGUGACCCAAGCCAGGAGUUCCUAUGAGGCAAUUCCUAUGAGGCCACUGAAGGAGUUUCAGGGUGAAUCUGUUCUCUAUUGACUUGCUGCCAAAAGGAAUAAGGAACACAACUAAUGGUUCUGGGAUAUAUUCCUGCCUAAUAAGCAAGAAACUUGUUUGUUCAUCUUUGCUUCACCUUACAGCUGCUGUGGACACAGCCUAUAUGGGCAGUGAAGAAAUGGGAAUGUUCUGUCUCAGUAAACAGAAGGAAAUAGAUAGGCAACAUCAUUCAUUCUUUUAUACACACAUGCCAAAUGAGUUAGUAUUUACCAUUCACCACUUAGGGAUGUAUAUUACACUAGCAAUCUGGAUACUCUCAGGCAGGAUCACUGUGCAAAAUCUCACUCAGACCAAAUUCACAUGAACAACUGGAUUAGGCUGCAUAUCCUCUGUGUUACAUCUCUAACAAAAACUCACAAAUGACUAAUUUAGAAAUUGUUUGCUAGGUAGUAAAAUAAGUUGUGAGUCAUACAUAAUAUCAGUCUCACCCAUAUGGGUUGUGAAUCUUUCAAAAAUCCUGCAGUUCCCAGAACUGAAUUGAAAUUGAGUAGAAUUUAAGCUGACUUCCACCCUGGAGCAAUCGCUACAAUAUAGUGUGUCAAAACCAAUAAAGUGCAGCAAAAACACAAUACAAAAUAAUUGCAUUUGGUACAAGUUUUCAACGUAGGUACACUGCAAUGAAUUUUCAUGACACUUCAUAGCUAGAAGUUAUGUCCUGUUCUGUCCAAACUGAGCACAUGAGCUGCUGUUUACCAGGCUUGUGCUGAGCGUGAUGCCGAAAGGGACUCUGACCUCCUUGGCAGAUCCUGAGUACAUUUCUGUCACUUAAUGUUGACCAGUCAAUGCACUGACAUUUCAGUCCUGCUGUUCUGCAGAGUAGAUUUCCCUUUAGUCCUUUAAGGCUUUAUAGCAGAACACUCAGGAAUGACAACUCCCUUUUUAUUUGCUCCAUUAUUUGGGAAAAUAUAUUACAUACAAUAGGCUAACAAUAAUACAUAGAAUUUAAAACAGUCUGUAGAUGGAAAAUUUAUGCCAUUCCAUUCUUUCUGAUCUGAUGAUGGAUAGGUUUUGUUUAAAACUCCAGGUGACCGCCCUGUAUGUUGUUUACUUAUUUCAGCUCCACAAGAGCACUACCUUCAAAGGAACGAGAAAAAAUGCAACCUCAAUGCAUGCCACAGACAUUUGCCAUAGCAAGCAGGACAACACACAUCAAAGGAUUUACUGUGAAAUCAUCUUGCAAUCAGCAUAGGAGUGAUCUCUAUAGACCACUUUUGACAGCAAGCAUGUACUUCAUGAGCAGUUACACGCCAGUUUUUAAAACCAAGGAAAAAAAUGUAUACUGGGACUGUUUUUCAGCCUGUUUGCUACGAUUUUUGCAUUCUGUCCCACAUUGGUUUUAUGAACCUUAGAAUAAUAAAUGUAAACGAGCACCCUGAAUACUUUGACAAAAGUAAAAGCCUAGGUAUAGAGCACCAUCUGUGUUCAAGCCACCAAAUACUACAACUGAAACCCUGUUUACAAAUCUGUUCUUUAUUUUAAAUCUUUCUGAGGGGAAUUAUGUUAUUUACCAUAUAUAUUAUAUAUAUAUAAAGUAUACAUAGAGAUUGUUUAUUUGUAAAUAGAAAAAAUCUUAUGGAGAAGAAUGUCAAGUUUUCACACUUACGUAAAAAAAUCAUCAACAUAAAGCCAUGUUUAAUGCUUGUAUAAUGUGACGCAAUAAACUUUAAAAUAAAUGACGCAUAUGAAAUGUUUGCUGUUUGAAAUCCACACAUUAUUUUCUAUUUAUCUUAUUUGUUCAGAAAGAAAACAGACCAGCUGAGUGGAAGUAAGUGUAAACGCAGACCAAAAGGGGCCAGGAUCCACUACCACCUUCGGUCUGUGAAUCUACGUCAUCAAAUAUUGCUCCUGUUGCCUUCUUAGUUCAUUUUUUAAUGUUUCCACUUGUUUCUCCUCUCAGCCCUCCCAGAUGCUGCAUGUAACUUGGGCAGUAUGGAGUGCUCCCAUUCCCAAGGAAUUAACUGGCACUGGCUAUCCUUCAUUUCUUUGUUGGGUGAGUUUUUAGCUGAGAGAGAUGAAGGAUCGUGGUGCAGGACUGUGAGGGAGACCCUGAGAAUUAUCUUGUUUUUACACAGGCAAAGCCCUGGCUCUGUUUGCAGCUAGACAAGGACAGUAUAUAGUCUCAGAGAAAGCAUUAUUCAAAAUUGUUUCAAUUAGUGAUGUCAAUUAAAACAGCAAGCGUA